CGGAAGGUGCUGAGCUAUGGUCUAAUCAUACCGAUUUUUUUCCGGAAUCCAAGGGGUUUUCACUCGGAAUCCUUACAAGUUUUCCGAGCGGUGACUCUGCCUAAACGGAAGGGCUUUUCUGCCUUCUACUCUAAUGUUUGGGCAGAUGACGGAGCAAUUGAAAAGAAAGCUAAGUCCCAAACCCGAAAUCACCCUUGAAACGUGACGGAGAUUUUUCUCCUUCAGUGGCGGAGGGAUUUUCUCCUUGCUGAACGCCAUGCUGCGAGACUAGUCCCUAGGUUUCAUGAAAACCUGUCACGGAAUGCAUCCGAAUUCCAAGGCUCAUUGAUUCGGCCAGAUUCAGAGAUUCGGCAGAAUCCGGGUUCAGGGUCUAGACAACUCUUAAUUUCUCUACAUUUAGGGUAGCUACCCUUCUAGCGUAAGCCCUGGUCUGCAGUCACAUUGAUCCUCAGCCCACACCUCGUGGGGGACUGCCCAGGGAUUUCUGAUCACAGCCAUCUCCGUGAUGCGCGCUUGCGCCACCCGCCGCGUGCGGGCAUCGGUAGCAUCCAUAGCAGCGUCGGGGCUAGCUUCGGCGUUAUCCUUGAGAUCAGCUUCGGCAACAGCGUCGGGAUCGGCUAUAGGCGAUUCGAGGGCCCGACUUUUUUCGAUCGCUCCCAUAUCCGCCGCUCUGCGAUUGCUGAUCGAUCCGUCCGUCUCCGUUAGUAGAUCCAGGGACACUAACGCUCAUGAAUCGUCGUUUCCCAAACGUGAUAUUGACCGUCCGAUCCACACGUCUUGCCUCGUGGCAGAAUCGACGGUCAGGUAUGCGGCAGGAGCGCUAGCUGCUCGCGCGUUUUCCUCCGCGGCUGGCCCUGCGGGGGUGGAGAGCACUAGCGGCGCACCCAGGAGCAGCAGCGGUGCCGCAGACGCGGAAGGUUCGGCAGAAUCCGAAUCAGCGAGCACAGCAGGCUCGGUUGACGCGGCAGCCGAGCCUGGAGGCUUGGCACUGCCUCGGAAGCGGCCGUUCCAGGCGGCCUAUGCGCAGGCGGCGGAGGACGGGGGAGGCGGAUGGGUGGUAAUGCUAGAUGCGCGCAUGCUGCAGACGCCCGCUAAGCGCCUCAUCCGCCUGCCGUCCGCGGCGCUGGCGCACGCGCUGGCGGCGGAGUGGGAGUGGCAGGAGUCCGCCAAGCUGCGGCCGUACACGAUGCCGCUGAUGAAGCUGGUGUGCACGGCGGUGGACCAGAUCCCCACGGACCGCGACAAGGUGGUGGCGCACCUGCUGCGCUUCUUCCACACCGACACCGUGCUCACUCGCACACCACUCCCCGCACACCAUGUCCACGCGCCUGCUCUCCCCUCCUCCUCCCCUUCGGCUUCCUCUUCCUCCGCUUCCUCCGCUUCCUCCGCUUCCUCCUCGUCCGCCUCCCCUUUGAGUGUUCUCGCCGACUCUCCAACCACGGGGCCGCCCCUCCAAGAUCUGCAAGCAGCAGCUUGGGACCCCCUCCUAGACUGGAUAGAGACAGAAUACGGCGCCCGCCCCUCCGUGUCCUACUCUCUGCUGCCGCCCGACCAGCCCGACGCCGCCGUGCGUGCGCUGCGCCACGCGCUGCAGCCAAUGGAUCCCUUCCACCUGGCGGCGGUGGAUUUCCUGGCGGGCGCCACUCGGUCGCUGGUGCUGGCGCUGGCGGUGGCGAGGGGGCGGCUCCAGAUGGAUGAAGCCAUGGAUGUGAUUCGCGUGGAGGAGGACUUCCAGACGGAUCGAUGGGGAGUGGUGGAGGGAGGGCACGACAUCGAUGCAUCCGAUCUCAGAGUGCGCGUGGCAGCAGUGUCGGUCUUCGUGCGCCUCCUAUCCUUACCUUGACACUGACAUCCAGCUUUCUCACGCGACACCUCGAGACUCCUAGCCACGACUCAACAUCGAGGUUCGACGCGCCCCGAAACUCAGAGUGUGUGUGGCAGCAGCAGUGUCAGUCUUCAUGCGCCUCCAAUCCACGCCUUGACGCCUUCCGCUUGGCACAUUAGGUCACAGCUUAAUGCCUUGGCUUGUCACCUAAUGGGCUGGGUGCUUGUAGUCACAUCUUGAGGCUUGAGGCCACUUGGCUGGAAUGCAUGGGAAUCUAUCCAAGAACGGCCAUUGCUAGAAUCUAUCCUGGAAUGGCUUUUCUACCUACAACCGUACCAUAUUACCAGUGCCCGACCAAUGUCAGGUUCGGCUGAUGCUCGGCAACGAGCCAGAUUGAGCAUGCUCCUGGCUCCCGCCUUCUUGCCCAAUAUAAACGAGUGUGGAUCCCCUAAGAUCCCUCACUGUGGAGCAGUGCCAAAACCCUGGGGCUUCCACACAAGAAGGCAAGCCCCUCAUGCGUCCUCCUUGGCAAGUCA